AUGGGUUUCAAAUGGCACAUCUUUCUCUUGAUGGUGAUUUGCUACUGCCAGAUCGCAGAAUGGGGCUACGAAAAUAACGGUGCCUAUAAGUGGCCUAUAAUGUAUCCAACAUGUGGCGACAAUCUACAGUCUCCAGUCAACAUCAAUAUAUUUCUAGCACCAACAUCCCCGAGACUGGGUCGUCUUCGAUUUACUGGUUACAAUACACCGGCAUGGUUAACUGUAAAGAAUGAUGGGCAUACAGCUCUGGUGGAAGUGAAGAGCAAUGCCUAUAUAGAAGGCGGUGGGUUGCAUGGCCGAUACAAACUGACUCAGUUUCAUUUUCAUUGGGGAUCGGAUAAUACCCGCGGGUCUGAGCAUACCAUAAAUGGAGUCCCGGCACGUAUGGAGGUUCAUUUGGUACAUUAUAAAGAAUCAUUGGGAAGUUUCCAGAGUGCUCAAAAUUUUCCAGGUGGUUUGACAGUUCUUGGCAUCUUAUAUAGUGGCAGUAUGACUAAUAAUGGAGCCUAUAACGACCUGGUCAACAAAUUAUCUCUUGUUCUCCCACCAGGAUCAACACCAGUUGCCUUGCAGCCUCAAGCGUUAUUGAGUCUUUUCCCACCAUUAGUUGGUAACUACUUCCGGUAUACCGGUAGCUUAACAACGCCACCAUGUUCCCAAUCUGUUAUCUGGACAGUAUUUCAGAAAACAAUACCCAUAGCUAAUCGACAGUUACAGAGUUUCAGACAACUGUUUUCUUCGGAGAAAAAUGUAAUGUUUCCUGUUCGUUUACAGAACAAUUACAGACCAACUCAACCCCUGAAUCGCAGAAUUGUGGAAUCUAGCUCCUUUUUAGUCUUUUAG